AUGAUGAUUUGAAAAAGAGCUUUUCAACGGUUGCGAUUGUAAAAAUUGUAAACAUUAUUGUUUCUAAAGUUAUGAAAUUAACUGUUUGUGUCAGUGUGUAGACAAAAAUAGGAUAUUAAUCUGUUAAUCCACUUAUUUCUAGUUAACUCCAAGUGAACGCUACUCAUAAACACAAUGCCGCCAAAAGACUCCGAGGUUCAACCAGCGGUUGCUGUGAAACCAAACCCUCGUAAUAACCCGAUAAUGUUUAAAAUAUUUCAAAAUGUGCAAUAUAAUGUAGUACAGCACAAAAAGUAUGUCAAGGAAAUGAUAAAACUCUACAAAAAGUUGGACGAAAAUGAAUUCCGUGAAAGCUUCAAGAAUGCAUUACACUAUUUGUUUACAUUUGGAGACACCAGUGCCAAUGUGGACCGGGUUAUCCAGUUUGUGGCCACUUUUUCCACCUCUCUGGAUGACGAAGAAGAGUUUUUGAUGUUCAUUUGUGACAUCAUUUUUGAUUGUCAGUGCGUAUCUGGCCAAUCGGUGCGUUACCGAGCAAGUCAGCUGCUGGCAGCUGUGCUCUCUGCUUUGGGAGAAGACGCCUCUCUUGAUGAUGAUCUAUGUGAUAAACUGCUUGCAUCACAAAUGCAGCGUUUGCAAGACACGCGCGGCGCGGUGCGGUGUCGCGCGGCGUUAGCAUUGCAACGUCUGCAGAACCCGAUGGAACCAGAUGAUGAGGUCACGCGUGCUUAUCGCUUCCACAUGAGCUGUGACCCGAGUUCUUCAGUCAGAAGAGCGGUAGUGAUGUCCAUAGCGAAAUGUACGCGGAACGUGCCGUACGUCCUAGAGCGGCUAUGCGAUGUAGAUGAAGCGGUCAGACGCGCUGCGUUCCUCUACAUAGCCGGCGUCAACGUCACGCAGCUCAGAGUCCGCCAGAGAGUUCUGCCCCUUAAGGUCGGACUUACCGAACGCAGUCAGCGCGUGCGACGCGUGGUCGAAGAGAUCCUCGUACCCGGUUGGCUGAGCACUUUCCAAGGCAACAUCAUAGACCUGCUGAAAGCCAUACGCUUAGACAACGCUCACGACGCCAAAGACUCGCAGUACGUCGCUGGGAAGCUUCUGGAGACAUUGUUCAAACGUCUCCCAAUAUCCGAACUGCUGGAAUGGCUGCCAACCGACAAGACUCUUCGGCUGAUACCAGCUGAGAAACUAAACAAGGAGACUGCCUGGUACUGGCGCCACCUGGCGGAGCAUUUGCAGAAGAUCGAAGAUGAUGAGACGCUGGAAACUGUGUUGCCAGACUUGGUGGUGCUCACUGGAUAUAUUAAGGCCAUAGUGGAAUCCCCCUGCCCGGCAGAAAGCUCGGACCCGAUAGGAUUCAGUACCCGCCAGCACGUGUUGCACGAGCUCGUGAGCAUGCUCCGAGUGUACGACGCGGCCGACCCCGCCGGCGGCAAGGAGCUACAAGCGCUGGUCACUCAAGCGCUCACUGGUGACUACGGCCCGCUCAGCUCUGACGUCAUACGCGCGUUCGUAUCAGCCCUCGAAAUGGUGGUGCCAGACCUGGCGCUCCGAUUAGAAAUCAUCAACGGCAUGAUAUCGGCCCUGCGAGACCCGCCCGAACCAGAAACGAUUGCUGCGCCUCCGCCGCCUGUGGACUGCGCUGAAGUUAAACUCCAGCGCGCCAGGCUUCGUGUAUCCCUAAACGUAGCCAUGGAAGCUCAGGAAGAAGCUGUCAGAGACCAAAAUUAUGCUCUCGCCGCCGAAUGUAAAGCUAAGGUGGAAGACAUCCAAAAGAAGUUGGAAGAUCUGAACGUUCAACCAACACCGCCACCUCCAGCCCCAAUACCAACAAUAAUGGAAAAAGUGUCUGACGCAGAAACCUUAAACAAAUGCCUAACGAUACUCAACAGUGCGUUAGACACUCCUCAACUCAAGACCGUGACUCCAAUGUUAAGGAUGAUAUUUAACGAAUUGGAGGUGGAAAUAUUCCAAAACCCAGAAGUGCUAGAUAAUGCUCUAGAAACCGUGGCGUUAUUUGGUAUGCUCGAUAAGGAGUUUGCGAAAGAAAACAAAGCUUUCUUCUUUGCUAAUCUAAUAGACACGUCAAACGAGCCAAUCGUGACAACAGUACUCAAGUGCAUAGUGGAUCUCCUUUGCGUGCACGGUGCGAAGGUUUUCGAAGACGACGCGUCUGAGUCGCAGCGCCCAGACGAGUCGAAAGCGAAGAGCAAGCGAAGCACGUACUCUCACUCUAUAGACGCGAUCGAUGAGGAUGGUAGUAUAUCCGAAUCUGUGAUAUCACUGACACCAACUCACAGUACCGUCAUCGAACUACUAUUGAAAAUAAUGGACAGCACGUGCGCAACGUACCGGCUGAUAAUAGUGGAAGGUCUAUGCCGUUUGCUACACCUUGGCCAUCUGGAGUCCCCGGCGAUACUCAGCCGCCUUAUGUUGCUUUGGUUCAAUCCUGCUACAGUCGAAGAAGACAUGCUGCGGCAAACUAUAGGCGUGUUCUUCCAAACUUUCCCUACUACAGUCGAUGGUGCACAGGAGCAGAUACAAAAAGCAACACUGCCCACACUGCGUGCCUUAGCCAACGCUCCCUCGAGUUCGCCGCUUGCUGAAAUCGACCAAGAGGCAGUGGUUCGCUUCAUCGUGUCGCUCACUCGCGUCAACCACGAAGUCAUCGACAGCCAAGGUGUAAUGGCAAUGACACUAUGCAACUACAUAGUGCGGAGGCCUUCGUCGACUGAAGUGGGAUUGGCAUGCAGAAUGCUCGCUCUUCUGUCGCCGCCUAGGGACGGACAACUCGCGAUCGAACUGGCAGCUAUGCUGAGAGACUUGUGUGCGAAACUUCCCGACAAGCAAUCUUGCCGAAACCUUACCCGCUACUUAGGCUCUCUAGAGGCUAUGGAGCGGGCAAGUCUCAACAAGAUGUCGAAUACAGGUAUUACUGAAGGAACAAUGCAAGGCGAAGACACCAUAGGUCCCAUAGGACGAGCAACGACUUCCUUGCCGCAACCACUCGCGCGUAGCACCCACGUCGUCAUCAACGAAACCGUCGAAGAAGAAGUAGAGAUUGACGAGACCACGCCUCCAGAAACUGUGUCCAGGAUUGAAGAGCAACCACCAGUAGAGACAAGCAGCCCUAAAUCAAACCGACCGUCCUCGGAAAUUGAGACGAGCGACAAAGUAGACGACGCUCCUUCAGAUUCCAGCAGCAGCGGAGUGUCGCCUUUAAAGAAGCCUAAAGUUACUAAAAGCAAGAAAAAGAAACUGUCAAUCAAUAAACAAGCUAGCACAGACAGCACGAAGGGUACUAAAAAGGGCAAAGAGCCUAAAGGCAAAGCGAAGGCCCAACCGGACAAUGAAAAGGGCGGCGUCAAGAGAAGCCGAUCGCAACGGUCUUUGGUGGAUAUUGAUAGAGCCCUAAAAGCAAAAGCUGACGCAGCAAAGGACAAAAAAGACAGUUCGCCAAACGAGUCAUUGCAAUCUCCGCCACUCGACCUAGAUGUCUCAAACGUGACCAUACGGAAAUCCACGAGGGGCCUACAGUCUGCCUCGAGCACGGAGUCUAAUGGAUCCACCAAGAGCCGAACGAAGAAGGAAGAACCGAAGCGAAAAGUUAAAGGUAAAGCGGCAGAAGCGAAAGCGCCACAACCAACGAGACCAGUAACCCGCGCGUCUACGGAAUCCGCUCGCAGCAGUAUGGACAGCUCCCAGAAUUCUGUGUUCGAGGAUUCUGCGAACGAGACCGAACUACACACUAUCGUCUACGAGAAGGAAAUCGAACAAUCCGUCCUGAACGACUCAAGUGAACUCAUGGACAGCAAGCAAGUGUCGAAAGGCAACGUCACCAUUCCUGAAACACCGGACGCCAGCGACGAAUCCGAAUCGGAACCCGAGCCCGUUAUAGAAAAACCAAAGAACAAACGCAAUGGUAAAAAGAAAUAGUGAAGGGAUUGUAACAUUUAGUGCCAAUUGGAUAAAGUGCCCAUAUUAUAUUUAAGUUAAACGAUAAUACAUUUGAUUUAAGUAGAA